AUGCAUAAUUUUAAAAAAACUUUAGAAAAUUAUUGGGGAGAAAUUGAAAGUGAAGAAUUUUUAAAAUAUUAUUUAAAUGAAGGGGAAAAACAAAAAAUUGAUGAAUUAUUAAAUGAAUUUAAUAAUGAAGAAAUUAUGGAAAAUCCGGAGGAAAUAAUUAGAAGGAUUCACACAGAUUUCUCAAUUGUUGGCCCAAUAGUUUUAGAAUGGUUUGUACGUUCAAAACUUUAUAAUUCAAGAGUUUAUGGAUUUGUAUUUGAAUAUUUAACAAAUUUAAAUAUCUCUAAAGUAGACAAAGCAGAGGAAGGAUCACGCCAAACAAAUGCUUGGGCAUCUGGUCAACCAGCUUGUUUGGACGAAUUAUUGUUUAAUUUAAUUCCUGAAGAAUUUGAAGAAAAAAAGAUUGGAAAGGAAAUUGGUGAUUUUGCUGAUAGAUUGUCUUUGUUUAUUAAUUUUGGUGAUCCAAAUUAUGACGAAGAAAAUGUUAAAGAAAAUAGAGGGAGAUCGUUAAUAGAAUGGCCAACAGUAUUUCCAAGAUUAUUAUUUAAUUUGAAAAAACAGGGAGAAGAACAAAAUUGGCCAAAAUGGUUGAACAUUUCUAGUGGGCAAAUUGAGGAGGGAGCAUUGGAUAGAUUUUUGAUUGGAGAUCCACAGCUUUGGUUAUGUAAAUUACCUAAAUUGAGAUUUAAAGAGAAAUUAAUAAAUAAUAAAAUAGAUUGGUUAUGUAAAAAUUAG